CUGUAACACAACAAGACGAGGAGAGGAAGCCAGAUCAGUGAAUUCAUGACAGGCAACUCUGAGGUGAAAAAUGAAGACUCUGAUGGUGUUCGAUUUUGACCACACUGUGGUCGAUGACAACAGUGAUACCUGGGUGGUCAGAUGCCUUCCAGGUCAGACUCUUCCUGACUCUGUGAAGAGUUCCUACGAAAAAGGCCGCUGGACUGAGUACAUGGGCAGAGUGAUGAACUACAUAGGUGAGCAGGAGGUCAGCCCUGACAGGGUCCAAAGUGUGAUGGAGACCAUACCUUUCACAGCUGGAAUGACAGACCUGCUGACAUUCAUAUCACAGAAUAAAAGCACCAUUGACUGCAUAGUCAUCUCUGACUCCAACACCAUGUUCAUAGAAUGGAUCCUCCACGCAGCUGGGCUCCAUGUGGCUGUCGACCAGGUUUUCACCAACCCGGCUAAGUUCAAUGAGCUCGGGUACAUGGAGGUACAAUGCUACCACUCUCACGAGUGCAAUCGAUGCCCCGUCAACCUCUGUAAGAAAAAAGUCCUGGAGCUUUACCUUUCAGAGCAGUCUGACGGAGGUGUGGAGUAUGAGCAUAUAUUUUACGUGGGAGAUGGUGGGAACGAUCUCUGCCCUAGUUUCUGUCUGAGAGGGCAUGAUGUUGUGAUGCCCAGGAAGGGGUACACCCUGGAGAAACUACUGGCCAAACUGGACGGUCAGGAAGGUAACAGCUCUGUUAGGGCUAGAGUCCUUGCCUGGAGCAGCGGCACUGACAUCCUCCAGGAACUGAAAGCAAGCAUGCAGUCUUAGAAGGGCCCAUGGAGUAGAAUACUUGAUGGACUUCUUUGUUGCUUUUCUAGCCAAUAUUGUAUUUGCACUGGAGGGAGCGUCUUCUGCUCCCUGUAAUUGUUAACAUUUUUUGUCACAGUAUCAGGACAGUAUUUAUGAUUUUAAAAGUACAGCUUUAAUGAAGGCAGACACGUCAGCCCAAUUACAACACAAAUAUCCUACAAAAACAAUAUUUACAUGUGCAGUGUAUGAUGGACACUGGAUUGUGAUUCAGAUGUUAAAUUUAGUAUUGUUUUCAAAAUGUUAAUUGUUUUCUGGGGCAGGAUCCAAGAUGCAAGGAAGUGCUCUGGAAAGAAGGACUUACAAACUAACUAGGAUCUAAAAAUAGUGAAAUUCAGGGAAAUCUUGGAUUUUACACUCCAUGAACAGGUUUUACAGAAAAAGCCCCUGUUUAAUACAGUAGCUUGAAUGAAAGUACAGUAUCUCUUAUAAUGGCAACUCCUGUCAUGAAAGUAACCUGCAAUUUAGUGGGCCUGUUUUAGUGCAACAGACAUUUUCUUUUACAGCAAACAUUUUGAGUUGUCAUAGUAGAAGUGAAGGUGUUACUAAUAAUAUUAAGUGGAUCCAUUAUCCCAGUGAGCCAGAAUGAACAAUACCAGGACCUUAUACCUUAAGCAGCUAAAUGGAAUUCAGCCAUUAUUCAUUAGCCCAUUGGCACCUGUGCUUUUCAAGCUGUGACAUGACAAAAUGCCUUUAGUUAAAAAGGCAUAAUAUAGUCAAUAAGUAUAAUUUUAGAUCAGGGCUGUAGCCACCAUUUUAAUGUAACACCUCUAAAUUAACUUACUGCAGUUUCCUUAUAGGGAAGAUUCAAGAAAUUUUUUUUCCACUGUUGAAACAUCUUUCUAGUUUCUGUUCAAAAUUCAAACUGUCUUGACACAUAAAUUGCUCAGAAUAUGUCUUAACCUCACAGCUGAAACUAUAACACCACUUCUAGAAAGAAGAAGAACUGCCACACUGCUGCAACCCUUUAUUUUAAGAUCACACUGUAGGAGAACAUGUACAUAACCGAGCGGAUUAUGUAUUAAACACAGCUGGAGUUUUAUAUUUAUUUGCCUAUUUUACCUUAACUCUUUAUAGAAUGUUUAUAAUAUGAGCUGCUCUGUGGCUGUAAAUGUCUCUGCCCUCGUUGAUUUUUUCAUACCUCAGGUCUGUGGUUUGAAGUCGUAUAUGAAGCUACCUGUUAGAUGCUAACUGUUAAACUAACAGUUUAUGAAAAAUGAACAAAACGUCCAGGUUAUUUUAGUCCUGUUAUACAAUACCCUGCAGGUGGAUAACCUUUAAAAUUGACGUCCGUCCAUCUAUGCUUCACAUGUUUGAGAAAGUUUCAGGUUUUAUUCAGUAAUAUUAUCCAGAUCCACAACAUGUCCUUGUUAGCUUUGGAAAAGUAUUGGUGUUUCGUCCAGGUUUAUAGCCAGUAUACAGUAUAUUAUCAGGACUGAGUGCAGGUAACAUAUACUUGACUCAGUCCAGUAUUGCUGUUGAGGUGGAUCAGCAUUGUUCAUGAGAUUUGUUGUUGACACUGUCAUGAGGCAACAUGUUAAAAUUUAUUUUUUUAUUCUUGCUCUUGUAAUUCUAAUGAUGCAAUUAAAACCAGAAACCUCUUGG